AUGAAAGACAUCGCUCAUUUAACAUUCAAAAAUGACUCCACUUUGCUGAACAGCGACGAGUGUGAUGACAACACAAUAAGCUUAUCCUUUCUGAACACACCACAAUCCCAAUAUCUACAACAGCAACAAUAUCGAGUCAAUAGAGAAAGUCUACUAUUGGAUGACGGCGAUGACCACCCGCUUUGUAAUGAGAGACCAUCGAAGAAGAAUCUUCCAUGGUUCAGACUAGCACAGCAAUAUGCCACAGACAUGUCGUUGUUGUCGUCAUCAAAGGUCCAUCAACCCGAAUCUGCUGAUUCUUCUGAUUUCGGAUUGGGACCCAAGAUGGCACGUAACACCUCUCAGGGAACACCGCCACCUCCACCGCCUACCAAUCGCUCCAAACCUGGUGCCAUUCAUGUUCCUGGCUUUCAGGCUGAAACGAAUACUCAUCUUGGCACGGAAUCGACUUUGCAAUCGGCGCCAACUAAAUCAUCCGCACCCAUUCUCCAAGCCAGUGUGGUGAAUGAUGAACAAGAACAACCAUCAUCCCCAAAUGCAGCUUUACCAGUACGUGCGGAACCCAUGAAAGAUGGAGAAUCCAAGAGCAGAUCAUGUUGCGCAAUAAUUUUGAAAGAUCGACGGCUACUGGCAAUCCUCAUCACUCUAAUCGUUACCAUUGUAUCCUUUGCGAUUGGAAUUUCCUUGGUGAUAAUGAACCACAACAAGGAAACGACAAACACCACUACGGUGGAAUAUGUACCUGCCACUCCAGCUCCUACCGCGACGACACUGCCUCCAUCCUCAGCACCAACAGAAGCCAUGGAAUUCUUGGCGCCUUCUGCAGCUCAAUGUCAGCAAAUAGAAGCCGGAACUGAGGUAGCAAAUCAAGACCAAAUGAUCCUAAAGACGUACCAAAUUGAGUUGGAUAUUGCCAUGGAAUCCAAUCCAACCAAUUUGAUGGAUAACCUGACCACUUUGGUCAACCGCAUGCAAGCAACACUGGCACCGAAAUUGGCCCAAUGUGACGACACUUUGAAUCGACGUCGACGACUCCGAGGCAAUAGUACUAGAAUACAGGGUACCUCAACAACAACAACAACAACAACAACAACAACAACAACAAGAAGUUACCGCAAACUUGCAAACGAGUAUCUGGUGGCCAAUGCCAAAUUCUUCAGUGCCACAAUUCCAAGCAACCGGUCUUGCAAGGUUGGAGCUCUCGAACCUUGCUAUAAAGUGAUUGAAACGAUCGAUUUGCACAUUACGCAAGCGGAACUAGACGUCCGACUCAUCAGUCUCAUUAUGGAUGCCUUUGACGGAGAACCCUUGGUGCGCUUAUUGGACUUGGGGUACCCAUUCAAGAGUAUCGAUAUGAUUGGUGUUACAUCGAGUGUUACUACUGGUAGUACGGAUACAAACGAUACUACUCUUGAUAGUCCUGAUGAUGAGGAUUAA